AUGAGCCGUGCCGUUCUGCAGGUCUUUGAGGAAUACCAGAAGGCCCGCGUCACCUUCGUCCAGACGGUUGCAGACCUCGCGACGCGCCCACAGAACAUCGACGCGCUCCAGAAUGCAGGUGUGAUGGCGCUGUUGCGGCCCCUGCUCCUCGACAAUGUGGCAUCCAUCCAGCAGUCGGCAGCCCUGGCCUUGGGACGCCUGGCCAACUACAGUGACGAGCUGGCUGAGUCCGUGGUCACUCACGAGAUCCUGCCGCAGCUGGUGUACUCGCUGGCUCAGCAGAACCGCUUCUACAAGAAGGCCGGAUGGGCAUCUCCCGUGCAGAUGCUCUUUGGAGCUGAAGGCGCUUUGUCGGGGCUUGUUGUGUCUGCGCAGGCCAUGGCACUCUUCGGGCUGCUGGGGAUGUUGGCCCUGCGCCUCAGCCCAGCCGGCGCGGUGGACGCCCAGCCGUGCGCCAAAGGGAACUUCUGCCCCGAGCAGACCCGCCAUCCAAUACUGUGCCCAGCGGGCCACUACUGCCCGGAGGGCAGUGCGCGGCCUCUGCCUUGCCCGGCCGCCCACUUCUGCAAGGGCCAGGAUGUGUCGGCCACGGUGCAGGGAACCUGGGACCCGGUGCCUUUGGCCGCAGGGUGGCAGCAUACGCUGGUGGUCUCCGCGCGGGGCGGAGGCUGGGCCGCAGGGCUCAACGACCACGGUCAGCUUGGCAACGGCAGCACGUCUGCGCAACAUGACAUCUUCGCUCAUGCGGAUAUCCAUGGCCAGCGGGUUGUGGCCGUGGCAGCACGAUUCUGUCACAAAGCUGUGAUCACGGACUCCGGCGAACUGUGGACUUUGGGGUGCAACGGACAUGGCCAGCUUGGGGUUGGGGAUACCAGAGAUCGACAUGCCCCGGUUCAGGUCAGCGGCAACGGCCGGAGAUUCGUGUCCGUGACUGCUGGAUACCGUCACACCGCUGCAGUCACGGACUCCGGCGACUUGUGGACUUUCGGGCGGAAUGCAGGCGGUCAGCUUGGGGUUGGGGAGACCGCAGAUUGGCAUUUACCAGCAGUCAAGGCAGCAAGAGCAGCCGUGCCAGUCGAGAAGAUUGGCGAGGUGCAUGUCCCGCUAUGCCGGUCUCCGGCGGGCGAUGUGACCAGUGAACUGGCCGAGGUCUUCCUGGCUGCGACCUGGGGCUCCAACGCUACCGUUCCACUGCGAUGCGGAGCCCUGCAGCGGCAGCUUGCUGCCUUCCUAGCGGAGCAGAGUUGCGGCCUUCAGGUGGGCGCCUGGGAGGCGUCGCCAUGUCCGGCAGGCUCCUUUUGUCCUGGGCCCUGCAAGGAAGUUCAAUGCCCUCCGGGCUUCUUCUGCACCGAGGGCUCAGAGGCGCCGGAGCCAUGCGCUGCCGGCAUGUGGUGCCGGGCUGGAAGCACAGGAGUGGCGCCAGGGUCCACCAGCAAGGAGCCGCGUGGCAUGCAGGAGCCAGAUUCCGGCAGCACUCAGACUGAGGCCGAUAAGCUGGAGCGGGUGACCAAAAAGCUGCAAGACAUCGAGGCUUUACUCGAGAAAUUGCAGUCUCAGAACGCGAAGUUGGAGCAGCAGCUGCAGCAAGUGGCAUUGCAGGGUGAGGUGACCAAGAAGCUGCAAGGCCUCGAGGCUUCAUUCGAGGCCUUGCAGUCGCAGAACGCGAAGUUGGGGCAGCAGGAGCAGCAGCUGCAGCAAUCGGCGGCAGAAGUUGGUACGGCGGUCUCCGGCACGUGGCCUGGUGAUGCCUUGCUCUCUACCACGGCUGUGUCAGUGUUGUGUGGUGCGCUGUGGCUUUUGUGGGAACGUGGAUGCGAAAGCGAGGUGGUCCGAUAG